GUCGGUGUUCGCCGCGUGUGUGCUCAAGAUCUCGAGUUAAGCGAGGCCGGCGCUAGACGCGUGGAAGCCGCGGGUUGCAGUCAGUGUUAUUUAUCAGCUGGCCUAGAGAACGCCUCCCCCGUCGCGACGGAUGCGCAGGCCAAGCCACUCUCUGUCUCGCUUCUCCAUGGUGAGCCCGCGUUGCUGAUCGUCGCAGAGCGCGCUACGGCGGGAUCUCCUCCUCUUCCCGCGCGGCGGGAGAUCGAGUUUUUACGCGUCCACCCGCUUCCCCGGACGCCACAGUCGACGACCGGCCCUAGGCGGCCCUCCUACACUGCAUUCGCCGCACCACAGAAGCAGUGGAAGCUGCCGCUGCUGCUGCUGUUGCUGCAGCUAUCUCGCUGUAGAACCAGAGGCACGUCGACAGCUCCCGGUUCCACGCGGAAUACGAUAGCCUCCGGCGACUCCGUGAGCGCCAGCAACCGGGCCUCACCGCCGAUAUCGGAGAAAAGACACCAACGGAAGAGAAAAGGGCGCAACACGUGGUUUCUUUAUUUCUCUCUCUCUCUCAUCAGGAGCCGCGCCUACAUCUGCGCCUCCCCUGACUUGGCCUCGGCCAGGAAGGAAACCCGACACAAGAAACGCAAAAAAGCAGCGACCUGCGGAAGGAAGGAGACCGCGUGUAUAGGCCGAUCGGCAGCGCGAACUCUUUUCUUUGUUUCCUCGGCUCGUAAUACGCCUCGAACGUUCGACGCGGCGAGAGAGCUGCUGCGGCACUUGUGGCGGUGUUUUGGGGCGGAGUGGCAGCGGCGUGGAUCAAGGCGAGCGAGCAGGGGCCGCGUUUGUGCGCGGAGCGAGCGUGAGGCGGCUCUUUCGGGUGGGCGCCCGCGUGGAGACCACGCGUCAACGUGACUAACGGAGCCUGUCAAAGCCUCGAGGACCCGCGGAGAGAAGGGCGAGCGCGGAUCAACGAAAGAACACGAUAGUUUUCUGGGCGGUUUCCCAAGAGAAAGCCACUCACGGACUCACCUCCCACUCGGAACUUGCGCGUGAGUGUCUUGAGCGUGCGCCAGGACAAAGUACUUGACAUCGGACUUGGUCGCCUGCGAAGACUGAUCGUGCGCCGAUCUUGCGACACGGUGGAUAAGCGCUGGCGUUGGUCGUGCUACUAAUUUGAUUAGAAAGAACGGACUUCUCGCGAGAUACGGUGCGCGGACGCUUCUUCGUGCUGGGAAUCCUGUGACGCUUCGCUGUCUCGGGGAGCUCAUCGCCGAAGCACUGUUGACGCUUCGGAAGUGUGUGUAUGCUGCGCCGAGCCAUCUUUGCUGAGAAUCGGGAAGGCUCGACAUCACUCGACAUCUAGCCUGCGUCGUUCCGUUUUUUUUUUUUUUUUUUUUUUUGUCGCUACUAGCGUGGUAGUGAGUGAACGCUCUCAUCGACAGAACUGUGUGACUACCGUUGUCCUCUGAAACUCCUUGGUUUGACGUGUGAGGAUCUCCCCGGCUAGUCUGAUUAAGCAAGAUGAGACCACCUCGUCGCAGGACCGGAAGCUGGAAUGAGUACGAACUGCUGUUGGAAGACGACCACCCGGACCGUGAGGGGGGCGGUGGGCGGUCUCACUCCCUGUCCGAGUCCGGCAUACGGGCACACAUCAACAGCGCCUUCAGCAUGGCCGAGGAAGGCUACGGCGCCAUCGACCGCGACGAUGACCACCCGCACGAGCCGACGCUCUCGGGCUCGGCGGUCGUCGUGCCCUGGUGGAUCAUGGAGGACGCCAAGGAAAACGGCAUCCCAGGCAACAACAACCUGGAUGGCUCGAAACCCCGCAUCCGCAUUCACCGGCAGGCCAUGAAUCAAGAGGAGCUGGUCAAGAACUACGGAAACGAUAGCAUAGACGCUACCCUCACGCAAAAGGUCAAACGCAAGUUUCUCAGCACGUGCUCGUGCACACCCCUGAGCCUGCUGUACUCGCUGCUGCCCGUGCUACAGUGGCUGCCACGCUACCGCGUGCGCGACCUUCUUGCCAAGGACGUCAUGGCCGGCUUUACGGUCAGCAUCAUGCACAUACCGCAAGGGCUCGCGUAUGGCGUGCUUGCCGCUGCUGGAGCCAUCAACGGUCUGUACGUGUCUGCCUUCCCGGCCAUCAUCUACUUCUUCAUGGGGACUUCGAGGCACGUCUCAGUCGGCACGUUCGCCGUCGUUAGCCUUCUGUCGGCGUCGGCCGUCGUCGAAAUGAACGCCAUCAUACCCGGGGAGAACACCGAAGCGAUGGCCGAGAAUGCGACGCAAGCCGGUGUCACGGUCAGAAGCACUGGUCUGGACUUCGUCGGCGACGAACCUCCGCCGACCAACAUGGAGGUCCUGGGCGCCCUGGCCGUGGUUGUCGGCGUAGUGCAGCUGCUGAUGGGCAUGCUCCACCUGGGCAUCCUGUCUAUCUUCAUGUCCGAGCCCAUGGUGUCCGGCUUCACAACGGGCGCGGCCGUCCAGGUCGUGGUGUCCCAGGCCAAGGGGCUCUUCGACAUCCGUGUGCGUCGCUACAGCGGAAUAUUCCAGUGCGUCUACGUGAUCCGCGACGUGAUCCAGAACCUGCACGAGACCAACCUGGUCACCCUCGCCCUGUCGCUGACGACCAUGGUGGUGUGCGCGGUGGUGCACGAGUGCGUCAACGCCCGCUACAAGGCCAAGCUCAAGAUGCCCGUACCUGUCGACCUUCUUGUGAUAAUUGCUGCAACUGCAAUCAGCUAUUUCUUCGAGUUCAAUAAGGCGUACGGAGUACGAGUUAUAGGAUUUGUACCCACGGGGUUCCCCACGCCUUCGGUGCCUCGCGCCGAUCUCAUGGCGAAGCUUAUCCUCAAUGGAUUCGUGAUCGCCAUCGUGUCCUUUACCAUAGCCCUGUCCAUGGCCAAGCUUUUCGCCAAGAGGCAUCACUACCAGAUAGACCCCAACCAGGAGCUGAAUGCGCUGGGCGCGGCGAAUGUGAUUACGGCCUUCCUGGGCUGUUACCCGUGUGCUGUGUCUCUGUCGCGGAGCUCCGUUCAAGAGAAAGCCGGCGGACAGACGCAGAUCUCAGCGUUAAUAGCGUCGGGUAUUCUUAUCAUCGUCAUGGUGGCGGCUGGACCGCUCUUCAGGACACUGCCCAACUGUAUCUUAUCUGCAGUCAUCAUAGUAGCCCUUAAAGGGAUGUUGUUUCAAGUUAAGGACUGCGUCAACACGUGGAAGGUGUCACGACUGGACGCACUCACUUGGAUCAUCACGUUCAUGUCCGUCGUUUUACUUGACAUCGACAUUGGCAUCGCCGCAGGCAUCGGCUUCUCGGUCGUCACCGUCAUUCUGCGAACGCUGGUGCCUUACGUCUCUUUCCUGGGAAACGUUCCUGACUCGGACAUCUACUUGGACGUUAAACGAUAUAAAAAGGCUCACGAGAUUCCGCGGGUCAAGAUCUUCCACUUCAGCUCGGCGCUGUACUUCGCCAACAGGGACGUGUUCAAGAACAGUCUCAUGGAAGCCAUCAUCGGCAACAGCGAUGAAACGCGCAGUCUUCUCGAAGACCAAGGGAAAUACAACGCUGCCGAUGAAGGAUCCAUAGCGGCUGUCAUCCUGGAUUGCUCAGCUUGCGUCUACAUCGACUCCUCGGGAAUCGAAACGCUAAAGGAGAUUUUGAAAGAGCUUAGAGACUCGCAAGUCGUCGUCUACUUCGCUUGUUGUUCAGUGCCUACGUACAAGGUGCUACUGCGCUCUGACAUCCUGGAGAUGUUCAGCACGCCCAUCGUGUUCCCGACCAUCCACGACGCGGUGCUGCAUCUACCGGCCACCAUCAGGCCGCCCUCCCAGUGACCGUCGUGCGAACAGACCGACCGAGCGGGCCGAAGCCGAAAGCCAUCGUAGUGGCCAAGAGGAGGUGCGGUGACAGACAGCCGGCCCAGCGCUGUCUGGCGGCCGCUUCAGCCCGAGUGCUUUGCGAGAGAGCGCCGAGAAAGAAAAAAAAAAUGUGCCAUAGGACUAAGACUCAGCGUGAGGAAAACAUCGGAGUGCUGCAGCGAAGCCGAAAGAGAAAAAGACGUUAGUGCGCGCCAGGGAAGAGCUGAGGAAGAGCCCUCUUCAAGCGGCAAUGCGCUAGGCCACUGCAUUUUACUCGUUCUUUUAUUGUGCAUAUCACCGGCGCUAGCCAGCCCAACUCUGAAGGAUGAGCUUUCCAAAGGCAAGGUUUGCACUUUUGGUGCACGUCGUGCAGAGCGAAACGCGCUUCUUUCGAUCGUUUCCCUACGGAAAUCGCGCCACUCCAUGCAGCGUGUGGUGGGCCUGAUGCGACUGGAAAAAGACACGCGAAAAAAAGCUACUGUUUUCCGUCGGUCCACAUCCGGGAGUGAGGCAGCAUUUUCGAUGCAGGCACUUAACCUGCGUGAUCAAUAUUUAAGGCGUCAUUGCGUUACUCUCUUCAUUUAUUAACGUCAUCGCGCGGUCAAUCUGGCCGGCCGUUUCAGCGAGCCCCAAGUAACCAGCUCAGCUCGAAUAUUUACUUUGUCCAUCUUUUUUAUUAUUUUUUUUUUUUUGCGUGUGCGUCACAUUUGAAAGUAGCGUACUUAGCUCAAGUAGCGGUAGCGUUGGUGCUAGGAAAUUGAAGCUGGAAGACGUUGCGCACGCUACAGGGACACGUCUCACGGCAUAGCACUUGCACUUGCGGUUGUUUUUCGUGGCGUAACUUGAGGACCAGAUGCUUUCCAAAGUGUUUGGUUCGGCGUGGUCUUUGCCCCAUGCGCUGAAAGCCUUCAUUAUUUUGUUCUUGUUUUGACGGUUCUAUAUGUAUAUUCCCGUGCAUACGCGAUUAGUGUGAUGGCCCAAAGGAAGACUGCUUAGUUCAAGUUGUUUACGGGUGCGCCAUUUUCAUUGUCCGAGAGCGCCAACGUCAGAUAGCUAGGUCUGCGCGGAGGACCAAUAUAAAAAUGUGUUGCAUUUAGGGCGUAGUCUGACCUGAGGAGUAGUUUUUUUUUAGUACUGGAUGGGAAACGCUUUUACGGGACAGCCUGCUCACGUGUGAAGCCCCUGAAUAGUGUCGUGUUUUCUAACCUAUUCGUGUCACGAAAACGGUACGCGCGCGAGCCAGAAAGAAAAAAAGAAAAGAAGCCAAAUACAAGGUAACGUCACAAAUCAAAACAGCCAACGUUGAACUUGGUUGUUGUACGUGUGUCCAAGGAGGCAGCAUACACAAGAAUAACAUUGUGAUGUGUGAACAUUGUGGCAGCUUUAAUGUGUACCCAUGAGUCGACUGCGCUCAACCGAAUGUGAUAAGGGUGAAACGGUCAGCAGUGCUGAGAAGCAAACUUGCGAAGGGAAGCAUCUGGAAAGGUGCGUGGAGAUUAUGCAGUCGUUAACAGUGAAGACUGCUAAAAACAAGGAGAGUGACUUUAAGAAAUGUUCCACUUCUUAGGUGAAUCAGGGCCCCGACGCGCGAGCGACGUUUUUAAGAAUGUCGUUCAACGGUGCUGGUAGCAUAGUUACUCCGAUCGUUCACCCCGCGCUCCCUGAGAACGCUUGUUUUAGAUGACGACAAAAGUUGGCACCGAUGAUAGAAAAACAUUCGCUACUGCUCACAUAUGGCGCGUCCACCGUAGUUAGGAAGGGUGAACGGCAUUCAAGUAGCUUAAUGUACACAAAUAAGUGUGCACACGAAUAAAAGCGAUCACUUUUCUGGGAGCUGACGGCGCAGGCCUACGAGACCAUGUGAUUGUAAGAGAGGGAGAGGGCACCGGUAUAACGCGUUACAUGAUCACCUAUACUUUUCGUAUUCCACUUCAUAAACAAAGCGCCGCUAUUCGGCGGCGAAUAGUUUAUAGUCUCUUUUUUAUGUUUACUACCAGAAAUCGCCGAAUAAGGUGGUUUCACCAAAGAAGCAAGCGCGUCCGCACGGGCACGCGGAUAAUGUUUCCGACAGAUAGUGAGACGGUACUCUUUUAUUCUGGUGCUUUUGUCUGUCUUGUGUUUUUUUUCGCCGUUUGUGCAAAAUGUUACCUCGCGCGCGUAUUUGGACAUUUUGUGAUCGUUCCUUCAGAGCAGUCGUCGUCGCAUCUUCAUCGGUUUCCUUCGCGAUGUUCAAUUUUACCUCGACACCGAAGCGCUACUUUUAUUCUCUUACGAUGCGAACGCCUCGGUGAUUGUUUCCACUCGAAGAGCGAAGCGUCGUUUCGUGUAUUUUUUUAUGAUGUAAACAUUUCGCCGGUGCUUGCGUGCCACGAAAAGCAAAAAAGAUAUUCUAUUUUUACGCUUUUACGCAUUUCAUUUCAUCUACUAUGUGUGUGCGCGGGUAGUACGGUUUUCAGUGUAGACUGUGAUAAGGUAGCGAUACACUGUUGCAUUCGAGAACGGUGCGGCAAUCCGUUCUCCGCAAGUCGACACCUGCAGUGCGAGGCACCGAAGCAUCCCCAUUCAGCAUUACUAGUGUUGCCAACGCUCCAGUGUAAACCCGACUUCUAUAGUGUUCACCUCCGUUUCCAGACUUCUGCGCUUGCGCAGUUUGUCCCCCAUCCGCGGUGUCCACAACUUUUGUAUGUUGAAGCGUAUUUGUUUCUUCUUUCUUGAUGGAACUUCUGUGCGGGUAGAAACAACAGUCCUUAUAGCGUUGCUGUUAGCGCGUGCGUCUUCGUGUUUCGAAAGCGAAAGGUCCUCAUUGUCUUAUGAUGUGCGAUGUUAUUUUUGUUGCCAUUGUCAUCGCUAUUAGUAUCUGUCUUCUCCUGAUACGUGCUGCCUGAAGCCACGAAGUGCCACGUCGGUUCAGACCGAAAACCCGGCAGACGCGUUUCGCUAGACGCUCUGCGCGGGUGUGAUGGUGACAGACGAGAGAGAGAGACCCAUCCAAAAUGUCGAGACCUAUUUUGUACUUGUGUAAAUAUAUGCGCGUUUUAAGUGUUAUAUUAUUAGUAUAUAGGUUUAUAUUGCAAUAACGUGUAUAUGCAGACAUAUGUUCUAUAAAAAGCAAACGUUGUUUCUCCUACAA